UGGCAGUGAGUGAGGUGGACGUCAGUCGCUCCCCGUCAGCUAAGUGUCGCGCCCCACCAUCGGCCGCUUGCUCUCCAUCUCCAGUGCAGUUGACGUCUCCCAACUGCAUUUGCGACCAAUCUUCAUCAAGCCCAGCUUAACAUCUACGAGACAGAUCGCCUGGUCAGGCUUAUUCUUCAAGAUGCCGGCCUACAAUUCCAUGUUCAAUGCCGACCCGAACGUCCCUCGCACAAUAGGCAACUUCCCGCUGCUACCCUUGCGCACAAAGACCCGCGGCCCGGCCUAUACUCUCCCCUUCCCCAAUCCGCCUCUGCCCGCCAAUGAGUCUCCCGACCCAGACAGCGAAAGCUACGACAUCCUCGACGAGGUCCUCGCCCUAUUCCGCGCCAACACCUUCUUCCGCAACUUUGAGCUUCAAGGCCCCGCCGACCGCCUUUUGGUUUACGGCAUCUGGUUCGUCAGCGACUGUCUGACCAAGAUCAAGCCUAGCGCCGGCGUGCGUGAUGCUUCCAAGGAUGUCAUGAACGUGGCCCUCGAUACCAACUUCGCCAUUCCCGGCGACCCGGCAUGGCCUCUGAACCAGAUGUACGAGCCCCCGCGCGAUAGACAGGACGCCGAGCAACUCCGCCAGUACAUGUCCCAGGUCCGCCAAGAGCUGGCAGUCCGGUUACUGGCACGUGUGUACGAAGAAGGCGGCGAUGGAAAGCCGAGCAAAUGGUGGCUGAGCUUCACCAAGAGAAAGUUCAUGGGCAAGGCGUUGUGAUGCCGGUCGUCAAAGGAGAAUCGCCAGAGACAAGGGAAUACCUUGGUUGGGGACAAUGUUUAAGCGCAUAAGCCAGGACAAUAUGAUGAUGCCAAUUACUCCAAUUACAGCUUGAUGAGCUUCAAUAGGAGGAUGCUAGGGUAUCUAUAUGCAAGCCUUUUGGUGACAGAGGAUCCCUUUCUCUUUCGUCUUUCGUCUCGAC